AACUGUCGCUCACCUGGUGUUUUAAAUCAUGGUCUUAAAAUCGGUAAUAACUAUACACACGGAAAAACAGUUCGAUACUCUUGUAACAUUGGGUACACACUUGAGGGCGAGGCUGAACUGUCUUGUGUAGAUGGAAAAUGGAACACUGCCACUCCCAAGUGUAAAGGUUAGCGUUCAUUCUUGUUUUUUAAAAUAAAAGCUUGUGUUGAUUUUGGAGGUAAAGGGGGUUGUUUUAUUUGCAACUUUUUUAAUUGCGUGACAGAUUUCGGUAAUGGUUGCAAAAUGAGUUACACACCCUGCAACUUUGAACCGUUUAAAGAAGACUAAGCUCGCGUGGGUCUAUUUAAGUUGCAGUUACUUUACCCUGCUAUUUUUAUUUCUUGUUACAAAAUUAACCACCCUGUAAUUAUUAUAGCUGUUGAGUGUGGUGAUCCUGGCAAACCAGCAAACGGAAAGCAGAUUGUGAAGACAGCCUACGUCUAUGGUGGAUCAGUCAAGUUUGUUUGUGACAAGAAUUACACUCUAGUGGGGACUGAUGUUAUAUAUUGUCAAGCUAAUAGGAGUUGGAGUUCCUCUGUUCCACGUUGCUUAGGUAAGUGCCAUGGGUAA